ACUCCGUCCAGCGUACAUUUCAUUGCUUUUUCCUUCGUUUUCUCAACUAUUCCGAACAAAUGGGAGUCAGCUCGUCGGCUCCACGUCGUGUUACAAUAGAACGUGGAAACGAAGACAUCGGAGUCGUAAAGAUAACACAGUCGGCGCUUAAACAGCUAAUGGAAACAGACCCCAUUCAUGACGGCGAGAAUGAAGGGCGUACGGAAGGAGACGACGGAGAAGUCGGAAUGUCGAGGAAUGUGACUGGAGAGCAGCAGGCUGGUCAUGUCGUGGACGAGAAGUCACGUGGUUCGAGUGUUGAUUGGCAGAUGCUCGAAUCAUUUCACGAAUGGAAGAGUAACAACCAGAAGGAAAUGAUGGAGGAUUUUAAACGGCAGGAAGCACAGUACGAAGAACACUUCAAUCAUAUCGAACAGCUGUUGUCCGAGAGCCAAAGGAAAGCAGAACACGAGGCAACUAACUCUGCUAAUAUAGUGAUAGGCAAACUGAGGAAACCAAGAAGGUCCAUCUUAGUAGAGCACGCUGGGCUAACGUCUCAACUCGCCAACUGUCUAGAACAGAACCGAACUCAACCUCUUCUUUGCUCAAAGCUUGCUAAAGAAUUUAUAACAGUCGCUUUCGAAGCCCAGAAAGAAGUCAAAACAGAAACAACAGUUAGAUAAGAAAUAUGAUGUUUUAUAGUCUCAAUUCCAUGUAAACAUAAUUUAUUCUGGUUGUGAAUAUGGUGUAACACAAUGUCCACGAUUGUGAUGUCGCUGCU